AUGGAUCGACUCGCGAUACGAAGGAUAGCCGCCCUCCCCCGGCCGAUGGCGGCACGAAGCAUGAUCCCUCAGAGACCCCGAAGCCAUGCGCGCCUGAUUAGCAUGCAGCCGCGCGUCGCCGAGACGUCCUUCUGGAAGUCCCUGAUCCCAAAACCGCUGCGCUCCGAGAACAGGACGGGCAGCGAAGGAGCGAGCUCGCCAGCAAAGACGAAAAAGGCAAAGUCAAAGGAUUGGAACCCGGCGACCUUCUACAUCGUCAUCUUCCUGCUGAUCGGGUCCAUGUCGAUCCAGAUGAUCUCGCUGCGCAAGAACUUUGACGCCUUCAUGCGCCGCUCCGACGUGCGCAUCGGCCUGCUGCGGGAGGUGAUCGAGAGGGUCCAGAACGGGGAGAAGGUCGACGUCGAGAAGGUCCUUGGCACGGGCGACCGGGAGAGGGAGGCUGAGUGGGAGGAAGUUUUGAAGGAGAUCGAGAGGGACAGCGCGUCGCGGAGUCAGAAGAAACAGGACAAGGCCAAGACACCUGCGCCGUCGCCUCCCGCCGCGAAGGCCGCCCCAGUGGCAGAGCCUGUACCUGCACAAGAGCCUGCCAAAGGACGCACAGCAUACUUCUUCUGA